AUGUCUGUCCUGACGAAAAAGCUCGAUGCUCCCAAUGGGAGAACUAUCGAAUUGCCCACCGGCCUUUUCAUCAACAAUGAAUUCUUGCCCGGACACGCUGCCCAAAUCGCAAGCAUCAACCCAACAGACGAGACAGUUAUAUGCACCGUCGAGUCCGCUUCGGCCGCUGAUGUCGAGGUUGCUAUCACGGCUGCACGAGCCGCAUUUAAUCAUGCGUCGUGGCGGGACAUCUCGCCCUCUGUCCGAGGGGCUUUGAUAAGCAAACUCGCCGAUCUUAUCGAGGCGGACAAGGAAACACUUGCCACGCUAGAGGCCUGGGAUAACGGAAAGCCCUACAAGGUUGCUCUGGAAGAGGACAUUGAGGAAGUGCUGGCCGUGCUCCGUUAUUACGCCGGAUGGGCCGACAAGAUUCAUGGCCAGACCAUGACCAACGUCGGAGCCGAGCCGUACAAGUUUGCGUACACGAUCAAGGAGCCCGUUGGAGUCUGUGCUCAGAUUAUACCUUGGAACUAUCCCUUGAGCAUGGCUUCAUGGAAACUCGGCCCGGCUCUCGCUUGUGGCAAUACCGUCGUCCUGAAACCAGCAGAGCAAACACCCCUGUCCAUCCUGUGGCUCGCCAGUCUUGUGCUGAAAGCUGGCUUUCCCCCGGGAGUGGUCAACGUCAUCAAUGGUCUGGGCCCAGUCGCCGGAGCCGCCCUGGCGAGCAGCCUGGACGUGGACAAGAUCGCUUUCACGGGCAGCACAGGAACGGCGAAGCAAAUCAUGAAGCUCGCCAGCUCAAAUCUCAAGGACAUCACACUCGAGACGGGCGGCAAGUCUCCGAUCAUUGUUUUCGAAGACGCCGACCUCGAGCAGGCCAGCAAGUGGGCUAAUGUCGGUCUGAUGAGUAACCAAGGUCAGAUUUGCACAGCCACGUCCAGGAUUCUUGUCCACAAAAAUGUAUACGACAAAUUCCUCGAGCUUCUUCGUACUUGUAUCGGAGAUUGGAACAUUAUUGGCGACCCAUUUGAGGAGAGCACCUUCCAGGGGCCCCAGGUUACCAAGGCUCAAUACGAAAGGGUACUUGGCUUUAUCGAAAGGGCCAAGGAGGAUGGCGCCGACCUAGUUCUUGGAGGUAAAAGACUUGACAAGAAGGGAUUUUUCGUCGAACCAACUCUGUUUUCCGGAGUCACAGAGGACAUGGAGCUCUUCCAAGAGGAGGUCUUUGGACCAGUUGCGGCCAUCACCACCUUUGACGACGAGAGUGAGGCUAUCCGUCUCGCCAACAAUUCCCGGUACGGGCUUGGAGCCGCCGUCUUCACGACGGACAUCCAAAGGGCGCACAGGUGCAUUGCGAGAGUGGCCUCUGGCCAGGUGUGGGUCAACAGCAGCAACGACGGCGACGCGAGGAUACCAUUCGGUGGUGUCAAGCAGAGUGGUAUUGGCAGAGAGCUGGGGGAGAGCGGGCUGGAUGCAUACUGCCAGACAAAGGCUGUCCAUAUUAAUGUGUCCCUCAAGCUUUGA